AAUAUCUCUCUGCUGGCAUUGCCUGCCUGUCUAGCUACAUUUGACUUGCUUCCAUCCAUUCCAUCCACUCAACUCAAGCAAGAUCAUCGAUGGAUGAGCUGUGGAAGGACAUGUCGCUCUGCUCCACCCCGCCCGCGCUACAGUCUCACCAUCUCCACUCCCCAGCCGCCGCUCCCUACCGCGGCGCUGCCUACUCCCAGGACUACCUCGCCGGCGCCGUUCCACAGCCGCCCGCCACGCCGCCUCCUCACACGGCGCUCACCUACCUCGGGGGGAUCGGCGACGACCCAGCCGGCUGCCACUUUGGCUUCUCCGCGUCCGGAGGCGGCAGCAGGAGGGCCGUGGUCCAGCCGGCGGUGGGCGGCGACCGGCGGCAGCGCCGGAUGGUCAAGAACCGGGAGUCGGCGGCGCGGUCGCGGGCGCGGAAGCAAGCCCACACCAACGAGAUGGAGCAGGAGCUGGAGCAGCUGCGCCGGGAGAACAGGAUGCUAAUCCAGCGCGAGCAGGACUUCAUCAACCUAGCUGAAAAUGCUGGUAUGCAGGAUCGUUUGGCGAAGGCGGUUCAGGUAGACGUCCCCGACUGCAGCAGCAGGAACACUAGUAGUACCCUCCAGCAGCAGCAGAGGUGCCGCUCCGCCCCUGCACCAUGAUCGCCGCGGCGGCCAUUGCCUCUAGCAGCGGCAGCUACAACGGCAGCUAGCUCAGUAGAUGACUUGACAUGCAUACUUGGUCUACUCGUUAACCAAGUAUGUAUGUAAUCUAGCAAUAGCCUACUUCCUUGCAAAUUAAGCAAGCAUGUAGCUCGACGAUGGAUGGAAGUUAAGCUAAGCUAGUACUCCCUCUGUAAACUAAUAUAAGAGCGUUUAGAUUACUAAACUAAUUGUCUAAAUGCUUUUAUAUUAGUUAACGGAGGGAGUACUCCACUACUGUACUAGUUGCACUAUACUACUUGGCGUACGUCUCCUUAGAGUAAUACUGAGGCCAGAUAUGAAUGAAUCAAUUGAGCUAGCUGCGCAAAUGAACGGCUUUUCCAUCACAAGCCUACUUGAGUCGGGAUCGAGUGGCCCAAUGGCCUGCAACAAGAUACUGGUAGAUGAAUGACGAAUGCAUGCAUGAUAAGAUGGAUUUUAUUCAGGCCAGACAUACCAUGGGAGGGUUGAUUCGGUUUUGCUUUGUGUCCCGUACCAACAUGUGGAUGACGAAUCUUAUGUUUGUAUCUAUGUAGAAGUAUGUCCCCACCACCACACAUGCAGCACAUAUGUAGACAUAGACACCAUCUUUUUCGCCGCUUAUCUCGUCAACGACAGCAUCUAUGCAAUAUCUUAUAUCUGUGCGU